UACCUACCUACCUAUACUACCUCCUACCCCAAUCAGACUCUGCUUGUGCCCAUCCACCAGAGCCAAGACACCGACACCUACCUUACCUUACCAGUACACUCCUUACCUACAUAGGUACAUACCUGACCUCCACAUCAACCAUCCACAAUCAUGUCAAAAGGCUUCUUCACCGGCCCCAACAUUGCAGCCGGAGCAGCAUUGACAGGCGCAAUCGUCUACUUUGCAUCACGAGGAAACAUGUACGAGACACAUGGAGCACAAAACGUCGCCAAUGCGUAUUCACGAGGGGGAGGAACCAAGACACAUGCGGCAGGCGUCGCAACGAAACUAGGUGAGGCAGGGACGACGGAUGAGACGAAAGUGCACCAGCAGGACGCCAAAGGCAUCGAUACCGAGUACUACAAGGAGCACCAUGCACAACAGAGAAUUGGCGAGCCUGGCGGAGGAGCUCCGUUUGGCAAGAAAUUAAACGAGGCCUCGUAUGGCCAUAAGGAGGGAAAGUAAACCAGGCGGUCAGAGGCGAAUUUGACAGACCAACUGCAGCGCAGUAAAUACGUGGACUACAGUCACACGUGGGAAGAGUUUCCCUGUGAUAUACUGAUGUAAACCAUACAGCCAAAAAAAAGAUAUUC